AUCGUCAUCGCGGCGCUCGGCUCUCCCACGUUUUGUCUUUCCCCACGCAGAACCGUCACGAUGAUGCCAGGGUUGCCAGACAAGAUCGGCGCUAUUCGCGAUGCCGUGAAGCGCAAAAGCGUGGCACUGGCCGGCAUGAAGUCCGUGACGUCUGUCACGAGUUUCUUCAAUCGCGGCCCGUCGUCCCAGUCAGAGCACUCGAAUGGCAGCCCGCCGACCUCUGGACGCCCCAACUCCAACUCGAUCGAUUAUGACGAUGACGAGAUGAUCAUGUCGCCACAAAAUCGAGCAUCUCGGGGCGCGUCAACUGACAGACACUCGGGAUCGAUGACGCGCGUCGAGAAACCGACGACACUCGUCGGUUCACUGUCGUACACAGAGCCUCCCGAGCCAUAUUUGCCUGCGGGGGGCUUGCUCGAGUCUGCGACGAAGAAUGUGCAAGCCAAGAUGAUCGAAAUGCUCGACAUCUAUCACGAUUCAAGCCCGUGCGAUGACCCGACCAUUGAAUGCAGUGUGUUCCUGUCGCGUAAUGUUGCCCAAGCCGAUCGCGUCGUCGUGUUCAUUGGCGACAGUGUCGGGUCUCCCGCCGGGAUUUGGAGCUCCAAGCUGUGUGUCCGCUCGGGAUCCGAAGGGGGAGGCAUUCACCACGGCAGUCUCGGGUCCAUGCUGCCGUACUUGCUUCGCGCCCGCGACGACCUGUUUGGCAUUGUCGUGUUUGACGACAUCUUCCACAUGCCCGCCGAUUCCGAUGCGUCCAUGAUGCAAGUCGCAAUUGCCCGGCUUAUCACGGGCUGGCGAGACCACAUCGAUACGUCUCAAGCGUCGCACGCGUUCAUUGUGUGCUAUGGCGAAGGUGGUCGGCUCCUGGUCGAUUCGAUGCGCCAACACUUGCCGGAGAUGCGCCGUUUACUCAGCGGCAUUGCAUUUAUCCAGUCCACGCAUCGCGUCGACUCAACCGACACGUAUCUACUGCGCAAGACGAUGGCUCAGUGGGCCGUCAGUUAUGCGUCGUCCAUGGAGCCGCAGCUGGCGCGGCUCAAGCACAAAGAGCACGAAGCAGGGUGCAUCGUCCUCAGCGCAGGCUACGAUGGAUCGGACGUCGAGGUGCUACAGUCCGUAUUGCACUCGGUCUUUUCAGCGUUCCGUGCGCGGUAUGCUGGGUUCCGAACAUCCAACAUCUCCACUGGGAUGGAGAAGAACUGUUAUAUCUGCAAACAGGCGUUUAACAUGCGCCGAUGGCGGCGCCACUGCCGAACGUGCCAAAUGCCAGUGUGUGAAAAAUGCAGCUCGAUGGAAACAACGAAACUCGAGGGCAGUGUACGGCUGUGUUUGACGUGUCGGGCGCUGCCGAGCCUCGUGUCGUGGUCGCGACCCCGCGCCGUCCGUUUGGGCGAAAAGGAGUCGGUGUUUGUCGACUCGACCGUGCCUGGAAAGAUGAGCGUGAACGAUUUUGAGCUCGUGUCUGUGAUCGGCAAGGGCGCGUGUGGAACUGUCCUCCUCGUGCAAAAGAAAGACAACGCCAAGUUGUACGCGAUGAAGGUGCUCAAGAAGGACUGGGUCAUGAACAAAGACUUGGUUACUCAAACCAUGGCGGAGCGCCGCAUUCUCCAGGAAGCCAACCACCCGUACAUCGUCCAACUGCGCUUUGCGUUUCAAAACAACGACAAGUUGUACAUGGUCAUGGACUAUUACAGCGGCGGGUCGCUGCGCCAGGUCCUGCGGCGCCGUGGCCGCUUCAGCAUCAAGCGCGCGCGGUUCUACUUGGCCGAGGUCUUGCUCGCGAUAGCCCAUUUGCACGCGUCCAAUAUCUUGUAUCGCGAUCUGAAGCUGGAAAACAUUGUGCUGACUGCCGAUGGGAACGUGGCAUGCACCGACUUUGGGCUGUCCAAGGAAGAAGUGGACAAAGAGACGGGGCGUGCGUCGUCGUUUGUGGGCACGUGCGAAUACUUGGCGCCCGAAAUCAUCAUGAAGCAGCCGUACGGGACGGCGGUCGACUGGUGGGCGUUUGGUAUCCUCAUGUAUGAAAUGAUCCAAGGCGACUCGCCAUUUCGCCACCAGAAUCCCGCCAUCUUGUUUGAAAAGAUUCUAAGCGAUGAACCGAUCUUCUCCGAACGGUUUACACCCGAAGCCAAGGACUUGGUACAGCCUCUCAUGCUACAGCAGUCCAUUCGACCACCUUACGACGCCGCUCCCCUCCUCCUCCUUCUAGGUGACCAAGCUACUGAACAAGGACCCUGCCGCACGGCUCGGGUCUGGCCCCACUGGUGCCGAAGAGAUCAAGGCCCAUGAGUUCUUCUUCGACCUUGAUUGGGCUGGGCUGCUAGCCCAAACUGUGGAAGUUCCCCGCCCGCCCCAUCGCCAAGAAGAUGUCACGCCAGAAAGCUGUUUGAGUCGCGCCAUAGCUAAGACUCGCGAGGCGCGUGAAGAGCUGAUGCCCGACUCCCCUGUAAACAUGCCAAAUUCCCCUAGCGCGGCGCGGUCGAAACACUUCGACAGGUUUUCAUACGCGGGCGGUGACCUCGCCGCGGAAGCCAAGGAAUUUUGUGACUCGGCCAUGAUGGCUGAACCCUCUAAAGACGAGGAUGUGAUUGAGGAAGGAGACGACGAAGAGGACUGCCCGCAAACACCUCAGGAAGUGGGAGGUGACGACGAAGAUGCGCAGAAUGAGCCAGGAACUCCCCAAGGGGACAACGGACCUCAUGGACAGGAACAAGGCCAGCAUUUCGGAGACUUUGACGAUGUUGAUGACGACGAUGAUGAAGAAGAGGACGAAGCGUUUGAAGAAUUCGACCACAGUUCUCUCCACAAGAAGGUCCAUAGCAUUGAGUUGUAAGUUGCUUCGAUGUAAUCCAAGUCGUGUCACGCUGGGACAACAGUGUGACGUCGCCGGUGUUUGAUUGUGGAGGAUAGAAGGGCACAUCACAUGCGUGGCUGGGUGGGUCGCCCUUGUCGCAGCCACAGCUUCGAC